ACAAAGUAAAUCCUUAAAUAUUGCUGUUUUGAAGAAUAUUUAUGUAAGAAGGGAAAGGAACAAGGGAGUUAGAAAAUCGACCCCUAAAAAACUCUGAACUGAAAUCGAAAUUACGAAACCCUAGAAAGAAGAUUCCUUCAUUUAUUGGAUCUUAAAUCAUCUUCUCCAGUGUUAAGGUGCAAUUUCAAUGACGAUGGACCUGCAAUUGAAAUCAUCUUGCAGCGGAUGCGGAACAACCGAGGGUCUCUACGGAAGCAAUUGCAAGCACAUGACUCUGUGCGCUUCCUGUGGCAAAACCAUGGCUGAAAAUCGCUCCAAAUGCUACGAUUGCGGCGCCACCGUCACUCGUUUGAUUCGAGAAUAUAAUGUUCGUGCAAGUUCUGCCAACGAUAAAAACUACUUCAUCGGGAGGUUUAUGACUGGGUUGCCUGAUUUUUCAAAGAAGAAAAGUGCUGAAAAUAAGUGGUCUCUGAAGAAGGAGGCGUUGAAGAGUCGCCAAAUGACUGAUUCUUUGAGGGAGAAGUACAAGAACAGGCCAUGGCACUUGGAGGACGAAACAGGUCAGUCCCAGUUUCAGGGUCAUCUUGAAGGUUCACAAUCAGCUACAUAUUACCUGCUAAUGAAGGAAAAGAAGGAGUUUGUGGCCAUUCCUGCUGGAUCCUGGUACAACUUUAACAAGGUUGCGCAAUAUAAGCAAUUGACUUUGGAGGAAGCGGAAGAGAAGAUGAAAAAUAGGAAAAAAACGGCUGAUGGAUAUCAAAGAUGGAUGAUGAAAGCACCUACUGCAUUCGGUGAACAUGCAAAAUUAGAUGAAAAGGAAAGCAAUGCAGGUGGUGGGAGAGGCCGAAAAAAAGCUGGUGAUGAUGAUGAUGAAGGUCCUUCCUCUGAUAAAGGAGAGGAAGAUGAAGAUGAGGAGGUAGAUAGGAAGAAUAGACUUGGGCUGAAUAAAAAACCUGGCUAUGAUGAAGAUGAAGAUGAAGGUCCAAGGGGAGGGGACCAUGAUGAGGAUGAUUAUGAUGUUGAAAAGGGUGAUGAUUGGGAGCAUGAAGAGAUUUUCACAGACGAUGAUGAAGCUGUUGGUAAUGAUCCCGAGGAAAGGGAGGAUUUGGCUCCUGAAGUUCCUGCUCCUCCUGAAAUCAAGCAGGAUGAAGAGGAUGAGGAUGAAGACAAUGAAGAAGGAGGUGGUCUGAGUAAAUCUGGGAAAGAGCUGAAGAAGUUACUUGGGCGAAGUGGUGGUCUGAGUGAUUCUGAAGCAGACGAUGAUGACGAUGACGACGACGAUAUUGAUGAAGAGGGUGGUGUUCCUCCUGCUACUGCUACAAAGCAAAAGGAACCUAAAGAAGAACCUGUUGACAACAGUCCUUCGAAACCUACAGCAACAGGAUCUGCUCGUGGAACACCUACUUCAAAGUCUUCAAAGGGGGGGAAAAGAAAAGCAAAUGAAGAAGCAAAGCCAUCUAAUAGUGUACCACCUAAUAAGAAAGUAAAGACAGAAAAUGAAACAAAACCAUCUGAAAAAGAUGUAAAUGGAUCUACAGCUAAAACUAGCGCACCUCCAAGAGGUACACCAGCACCUUCAUCAAACACUGGGUCUUCUAAUGCAGCUUCUGGACCUGUAACAGCGGAAGAAAUUACAGCUGUUCUAAUGCAAAGGGCCCCAUUAACCACACAGGAGCUUGUGGGUAAAUUUAAGGCCAGAUUAAGAUGUUCAGAGGAUAAGAAAGCGUUUGCCGAUGUUCUGAAGAGAAUCUCCAAGAUACAGAAAUCUACAAAUGGAGCCAGUUAUGUUAUCCUGAGAAAGACUUAACUAGGCGUUAUCUAGUGAUCGACUGUGUCUAAAGGUGCAUCAUCAAAAAGAAAGUAUGCUAAUACACCAGUUAUUGGUAUUGAUUUUAGUAAGUUGAUGACCAUUAAGUGUAAGACUUUUGUUUGCCACUGCAUAAAUAACUUGUACUUCAUUUAAUUUCCUAAAAAAGGGGAACAAUAUAUUGCUAGCUGUGUGACCA